UUAUACUGCGUAUUUCUCUUACUUGUUAAAAAGGACAAAUCUUGUAUUUACGCUAGACAAAAUAUCAAAUUAUAAAUUAAAUGUCGGUAUUUUCUAGUUAAGCACACCUUGUACAAUUAAUGCAUCUUAAAUCCAAGAGCAUAAGCGGCUGUACAAAUGUCAACAAACCAAAAAAAAAAAUACUACAGAACACAUCGCAAUGACACCGAAACUAUCUGCUUUUAAAAUAAAAUAUGUUAGUAGCAUUAUGCAAAGUCACAUUCGAUGCAAUACGAUUGACGUUUAUGAUAUUUUAUGAGACAUGUCAUGGUAUAUUUAGAUAUUUAUUUGCAAAGAAGAAAUGCCUCAGUGGCGAAAUUAUUUUGGUCACUGGAGGCGGCAAGGGCAUUGGAAGGAAGCUGUCUCUCGCACUUGCUGCUCAUCGACCAAAACAUAUAAUCCUUUGGGGUAGAGACAGAGAUUGGCUGGAGCUAACUAGUCGGGACAUCCAGGCCAAGGGUGUUGAGGCCUCCUUCUACCAGUGCGAUGUCAGCUUAAGGGAGCAAGUAUAUACACAGGCUGCAGCGGUACAGAGGGAGGUGGGCAAUGUGACACUGCUUGUGAACAAUGCCGGCACAGUGUGUGGUAAAGCCAUUCUGGAGCUCAACCCCCAUGAACUUCAGCACUGCCUUAAAGUCAACACUCUUGCUCAAUUCUGGACAAUUAAAGCCUUUCUUCCACCCAUGAUAGAACAGGGGUCUGGACACAUUGUAUGCAUAAACUCCGUACUUGGGCUGAUGGGAUUGAAAGGACUGGGGGAUUACUCCACCACAAAGUUUGCCCUCACUGGUUUAAUGGAGACCGUACGCCGAGAGUUGUCCAUGUAUCCGGGGAUCAUGAUGACCACUGUCCAUCCCUACCAGGUCCAGAACGACAUGUUUGCUGGGAUGACGGUCAGAUUUCCGAAGCUGUUUCCACCACUGACAGAGGCUUGCGUCAUUCGGGAGACGUUGUCAGCCAUCCAGUACGGCAAACGGCAGGUUGUUCUGCCUGCUUACUUCCACCUGGUUCUGUUUCUCAGAAGUGUCCUCCCAGUAGCCUGCAUGGUGCCUUGUUACAAGUUCCUCGGGCUCCAUAGAUUGAUGGAAAACUUUAAAGGACACAAUUCCUAAACCAGUCUGCCCUAUUUUGGAACAUUUUGAUGGAAAACUUUAUAGGGCACACUUUUUAAACCAGUCUGUCCCAUUUGGGAACAUUAUCAUGGACAACUUUAUAGGGCACAGUUGCUAAACCAGUCUGCCCCAUUUCAUAACAUUAUGAUGGACAACUUUAUAGGGCACACUUGCUAAACCAGUCUGUCCCAUUUUGGAACAUUAUCAUGGACAACUUUAUAGGGCAUACUUCCUAAACCAGUCUGCCCCAUUUGGGAACAUUAUGAUGGAAAACCUUACAGACACGAUUCCUAUACCAGUCUACCCCCGUGCGCAACAUUAUGAUGGGAAUCGUUAAAGGACACAAUUCUUAAACCAGCCUGCCCCAUUUCAAAACAUUAGGAUGGAAUUCUUUUUAGGGCACAAUUCCUUAACCAGUCUGCCCCAUUUCAGAACAUUGUGAUCGAAAAUUCUAUGCUGCACAAUUCUGAAACCAGUCAGACCUUUUUGCAUCUUGGCCAUGCUUUUUUGUUAUGUACUUGUUAAUUACCCAAGGCAUAAUUGCAGAUAUGCCAACAAAAUCUGAACUGCAAUGUAUUCGGUUUGAUAUUCUGGUUUAGGGUUAGACUAUUGAAGAAUUGCAGUUUAUAUUUUUGAUAAUUAUAAUUGUGUUCAAGUAUGCAAGUAGUUCUGUCCAUGUGAUUAAGUCUCGUCAUAUUCUGUAUUUUAAAAUAUUACUAUGCACUUUUACUUUGCCAAUUUUCAGUUUUAUUUGGUAUUAUUCUUUGGCAUCUGGUAAGAUGCCUUUUAUUUUAGAAUCAAAGCCUUUGAAAACAACAAAUACACUGCUCGCACUGUUUAACUUGGAUACUAAAUAUUGUGUUAUAAAUAUUGUGCUUGUGUUUAAGGACCACAAGACAUGCUCUUUUGCAAUAAGAGAAUAGUUUAAUUAAGUUGUCCCAAUUGUUGUUCUGUAAUAGUUGCUGGUGUAUUUUGUACAAUGUUAAUAUGGUGUAUUGAUUAACCUUGUGUUUGAAUAAUCAAGAUGUUUUUCCCCAUUUGUGCAAUACAUGUAUUUUAAAAUUAUCUAUAUAUAUAUUGGGUUUUAAGCUACGAGGUCCGUAUUCAAUAUCAGACUUUAACUUAAAUUUUAGAGUAGAAACUGUGUGUUUAGAUUGGACUGUAAAAAUAACUGCCUAAUAAACUGAACGGAAUCACUGAGGUAUAUCUAAGGAUAUGAGUGUUUUGAUUGGACUGUAAAAAUAACUGAACAAUACACUGAAACGAAUCACUGAGUCAUGUCUACGGAAAAAGAUGAUAUUUAUUUUGAAUACAGCCCAGGAUUAAAAUAAGUUGGCAUGGUUCCUAAGUACAGAUAAACCUUACUUAAAGAUGAUAUUUGUAAGAAUUAAAUGCAAGUAUUUAGUAUUAACUUAAAAUAUCACUCUAAAUCAGAUGAAAUUAUUAUAUAUUUUUGCAUGGUUGUAAUUUUAACAUUGCUUUUAUUUUUUGCAAUAUAUUGGCUGACCUUGAGCAGAAGGUCAGCUUAUUUUGGUGAUACUGAUGUCUCAUUGUUUUUGGUAUAGAGUCUGAACAUGUCAGAUGUAUAUGUGCAGUCUAUUGAACAUAUUUUAGUAUAUAUUUUUUAUUUUCUCCUGAUCUAAGAGCAAAUUGUAUAACCAUGUUUUUCUGAGAAAAAAAUAUACAUGCUAUUGUCAUAUCCUCGGUGUUGUCAAAAAAAGCUUUAUUGUUGGCUUCAACUCAUUUACAGCUCAAACAUAUAAACAUGAAUCUGUUAUUCACAUGUGUGCUAUGACAGUUAACAUAUUCAUCAGUGUCAGGGGUGGGGGAGAGGAUAAGCAUAUUUACCUUCGCCAUCAGGUGAUACCCACCCGUUAGGGAUGGUAUUCAAUAUACAACUUAAGUACAUCUAAUGGCCAUACAUCACUGACUUCAUUCACUCUAUUGGUCAUUAAUUAAUUACAAGAAAUCUGAUUAGCUACAUCGUUCUUAGAUCAAUAUUGAAUACCAGCCCUGGUUAGCACAAUGAAUAGAGCUUGCUUCUCAUGAAGGCGGCCUGGUGUGAGGUUGGUUGGUCGUCACCAAGGCUGACAAGUGGGGGUUUUAUGGGUACUUCGGUUUCCCCCCCAACACAAGACAACACUCCCACGUAACUUCGUGGCAACAGGUGUGACUAAGCACAAGAUAAUAUAAAUCUCAUCACAAACGUUGUAAAACAAAAAAAGUUUAAUCUAAUAGCCGUUUCUCCGGUAUUCCCACAACACAAGUUCACACUUCUGCAUAAAAUCGUGCCAAUGAGAGUGACUUAGCACACGUUUAUAUAAAUUUCAUUACAAUCAUUGUAAAAUAAAUGAAGUUUAAAGUAUUAUGAUCGAAAAACGGCGGAGCACUUGUUUUAUUACCAAUUCAGUUUGCAAGUGCAGGUUUUAGCUCGGACCCCGGCGUCCUCGAGCGAUCGCAGUUUUACUGUAUUUUGUUUGUUGUGGCAUUGCAGGUUUCAUUGUUUAAUGCUUGUUUAUUGUAAGCAGCUGAACUCGGUUGGUGCAUACUAUAUUUUAAUCGAGAUGUUCAUAUGUAUGUUUUUAUAAAUUUCAUGUUUGUUGUUUUAUUUUCAAUAGACUGUCACUUCAUGCAAUAAGAAUGAAAAUAAAUUGAUUUAAAGACUUUAUUAAAAUCA